AUGUCUGAGCUUGGGUACGAAUGGUCUGGGUACGAAAGAUCCAUGGUUCCACCAAAGAUAACUUCACAUACUCAUAACAGGACUGUAGACGAGGGUCCUAAACUAGAUUUGUAUUGCAAUACAACUGGUAAACCAGCCCCAAGCAUCACCUGGACCACAGUGUUAGAGGAUGGUACUAAAAACAACUUGAAAGUAUUGUUUGUUGGAAAUCCCUGGAAUAUUGCAAACAUCACCAGAAAUUAUUCUGGAACAUACCGCUGUACAGCUGACAAUGGGAUUGGAAGUCCAGUCAAUCGUACAAUCUCUGUCAAUGUAACUUAUAAACCAUUGGCCAACUCCUUAACGAGAAGAACUGUUUCAGAAGGAGAACACGUGAACAUUUCUUGCCUUCAAGACAAUGGAAACCCCUCAGCUGAUAUCACGUGGUACAAAGGAAAUGACACCAGCGGCGAUAAAACGACCAACAGCUCAACGCUGGAGUUCCAAAAUGCUGCCUCAAGUGACGAAGGAUGGUAUACCUGUUUUGCUACAAACGGCAUAGAGAAUGUAUCUGCAACAUUUUUCUUACGUGUCGGUAAGCUUUAUGGGUUUACAAUGUAUUAUGAUAAAUAUGAACUAGCAAUUUGA